GUCGAAUCGAAGUGUCGCACCAGACAGUGAAUAUUAAUUUCAGGGUUAGCCAACACACCAUUUUGUGCUCAAAAGCCAGCUAGCUAGCUUACAUUAGCAUUUACAGUGUGCUAGUAGUGCUGCUAGAGAGAAGAAAUCAAGCUCCAGCAAUGUCAAUGUGGAAGGGACUGCACAUGACAGCGCGUGCCGCUCAUGGAAUUCAUGUUUCCUCGCGAUUUAUCCAUAAACACACGCGACUCUGCACCCGAAACAUCAGCACUAGUAGACCCGUGCAAAAUGAUUUCUUCAAAGAUCUCGAGAACCAGUUCAAAGCGUUCAGGGAGAAAGCGGCAGACGCCAUGCCUGGCAGUGACUGGACUCCGUUUGAGAAGAACUCCUCACUCCCCCCUGAGAGGGCGGACAUCGUGAUCGUAGGAGGUGGCGUGGUGGGCUGGUCCAUUGCCUAUUGGCUGAAGCAGAAAGAGAUGAUUCGGGAUGGGGUGCGGGUGCUGGUGGUUGAGAGGGACCCCACUUACUCCCAGGCCUCCACGGUGCUGUCUGCUGGGGGGAUUCGACAGCAGUUCUCCUUGCCAGAGAACAUCCACCUGUCCAUGGCCUCGGCUGACUUCAUGAGGAACAUCAAUGAACACUUGAGUGUGCUGAAUGACGACCCCGUGGACCUGCAGUUUAACCACUCCGGAUAUCUUUUUCUGGCCAGUGAAAAAGUGGCUCAUAUCAUGGAAGAAAACUACAGCACCCAAAGGUAUGCUGGAGCAAAAGUCUCUCUUCUUUCACCUACACAACUAAAGGAGAAAUGUCCAUGGAUCAACACUGAUGGAGUAGUGCUAGCUUCAUAUGGGCUGGAGAACGAGGGCUGGUUCGACCCCUGGAUGCUGUUGAACGCUUUCAGACGGAAGGCCAUCUCCAUGGGGGUCUACCAGUGCUUUGGAGAAGUCACAGGUUUUAGUUACACCACAAACACAAUGACUACUGCAGAAGGAGACAAGGUGGAUUUCAGGAGAAUCAAAUAUGCUAAUGUCCAGAUGCCCAACAGUCUGGAGUACCAGCCUGUGGAGUGUGCCAUCGUGGUGAACGCUGCAGGGGCCCUCUCCGGUAAGGUGGCAGAGAUGAUGGGCAUCGGGCUCGGCCCGAAAGACACCAUCUCUGGAAUCCCGCUACCCGUGGAGCCCAGGAAAAGGUUCAUCUAUGUGGUCCACUGUCCAAACGGGCCAGGGCUGGACACUCCCUUCCUCGUAGACUACUCUGGAGUGUACUUCAGACGAGAGGGGCUGGGAGGAAACUACAUUGCUGGGAUGUCACCAGAAGAGGAAGAGGAGCCAGAGACCAAUAACCUGGAGGUGGACCACCAGUUCUUCCAGAACAUCUGGCCUCAUUUGGCCCACCGGGUCCCUGCCUUUGAGUGCCUCAAGGUGAAGAGCGCAUGGGCCGGCUUCUACGACUACAACACCUUUGACCAGAACGGCAUCGUGGGCAUGCACCCGCUGGUCAACAACAUGUUCUUUGCCACAGGCUUCAGUGGGCACGGGCUGCAGCACUCGCCGGCAAUAGGUCGCGCCAUGGCCGAACUCAUCCUGGACGGGGGCUUCAAGACCCUGGACCUGAGCGCCUUCAGCUUCAAACGCAUCAUGACCAAGGAACCCAUAUUAGAGAGGAACAUUGUCUGAGAGGGAGAGUCUGAAAUUUUUACGAAGGGAGGAAAGAGUGGAAAGAGGAAUGCCUUGUCGCAUUCUACAGUCUUGUGGGAAAUAUGGUCUCGAAAUAAGAGUUUGCCAAAGUUUCUGGUGAGGUGAAUGGUGUCCUAUUAAUUUCUUCACUAAAGUGCAUGAGGGAGUAACUGCACAUUUCACAAGCUCAAAUCUGUGGUCUACCGGUGAGACCACAUGGCAGCGGCCUCAGCCAAAGUGCUUUGCACUUAAACACAGUCACCCAUUGCUUGGGAGUGCUCAGAACUCCGACCGCAAGACUGAAUGGGGAAAAAUGGGAUGCGUCAGAAAUGCAUCUCAGGAACGAGUGAGGGACUUUGUGGGAUGAGGAAGAGAAGAGGGUAGAAGAAAGAGCCUUGACAGCAAACAUGGACUUCUGAAGUAAGCAUGGAAUUUAGGAUGCCCAAUAUCUAACCUACUGUACAAAGAAUAAGGUACUGACAUACAAUGCGUUAGCACAAUUAAAGGCUUUUAGUUGGAUAUUGGAGUAAUUCCCAUUCCUCCGAUGGUAAACCUGUAUUGAAUGGUUUGAUUAUGCAUUAUGCUUUUUUAUUUUAUUUAACCAUUUAACCUAGACAUGUCACUUUACUCUUGAUCACAUAAGCAUUCAACUGUAUUUGUAUAAGAAAAAGUGAAGUUGGAAGUUUAAUUCCUGACAUUUAAUCCUCGUAAAAAUUCCCUGUCUUAGGUCAGUUAGAAUCACCACUUUAUUUUAAGAAUGUGAACUGUCAGAAUAAUAGGAGAGUGACUUACUUCAGCUUUUAUUUCUUUUAUCACAUUCCCAGUGGGUCAGAGGUUUACUGAAUUAGUAUUUGGUAGAGUUGCCUUUUAAAUUUGGGUCAAACAUUUUGUAUAGCCUUCCACAAUAAGUUGGGUAAAUUUUGUCCCAUUCCUCCUGACAGAGCUGGUGUAACUGAGUCAGGUUUGUAGGCCUCCUUGCUCGCACAUGCUUUUUCAGUUCUGCCCACACAUUUUCUAUAGGAUUGAGGUCAGGGCUUUGUGAUGGCCACUCCAAUACCUUGACUUUGUUGUCCUUAAGCCAUUUUGCCACAACUUUGGAAGUAUGCUUGGGGUCAUUGUCAAUUUGGAAGACCCAUUUGUGACCAAGCUUUAAAUGGUGACUGAUGUCUUGAGAUGUUGCUUCAAUAUAUCCACAUAAUUUUACUUUCCUCAUGAUGCCAUCUAUUUUGUGAAGUGCACCAGUCCCUCAUGCAGCAAAGCACCCCCACAACAUGAUGCUGCCACCCCCGUGCUUCAUGGUUGGGGUGGUGUUCUUCGGCUUGCAAGCCUCACCUCCCCUUUUUCCUCCAAACAUAACGAUGGUUAUUAUGGCUAAACAGUUAUAUUUUUGUUUAAUCAGACCAGAAGACAUUUCUCCAAAAAAUAUGUUCUUUGUCUCCAUGUGCAGUUGCAAACCGUAAUCUGGCUUUUUUAUGCCGGUUUUGGAGCAGUGUCUUCUUCCUUGCUGAGCGGCCAUACAGGUUAUGUCUAUAAAGGACUGGUUUUUACUGUGGAUAUAGAUAAUUCUGUACCUGUUUCCUCCAGCAUCUUCACAAGGUCCUUUGCUGUUGUUCUGGGAUUGAUUUGCGCUUUUUCGCACCAAACUACAUUAAUCUCUAGGAGACCGAACACGUCUCCUUCCUGAGCGGUAUGACGGCUGCGUGGUCCCAUGGUGUUUAUACUUGCGUACUAUUGUUUGUACAGAUGAACGUGAUACCUUCAGGCAUUUGGAAAUUGCUCCCAAGGAUGAACCAGACUUGUGGAGGUCUUUGCUGAUUUUCCCAUGAUAUCAAGCAAAGAGGCACUGAGAUUGACGGUAGGCCUUGAAAUACAUCCACAGGUACACCUUCAAUUGACUCAAAUUAUGUAAAUUAGAUUAUCAGAAGCUUCUAAAGCCAUGACAUCAUUUUCUGGAAUUUUCCAAGCUGUUUAAAGGCACAGGCACCUUAGUGUAUGUAAACUUCUGACCCACUGGAAUUGUAAUACAAUGAAAUAAUCUGUCUAAACAAUUGUUGGGAAAAUUACGUGUCAUGCAAAGUAGAUGUCCUAACCGACUUGCCAAAACUAUAGUUUGUUCACAAGAAAUGUGUGGAGCGGUUGAAAAAUCAGUUUUAGAGACUCCAAUAAUGUAAACAAUGUAAACUUCCUACUUCAACUGUACAUGUGAUGCAGUAAAGACGUCAAUCUAUUGACAUCUUUACCGCAUCGCAUGUGUUUGUAUAAAAAAAAUUAACACUUGUGAUCAAUAGUAAAAUGAACUAGUUUAGAAACCCAUGGCUUCAAUUUCAAAAUCUAUGUGCAAUGGCACAUCAAUUUACCUCAUUGCCGCCCACCAAAAUUAGCCUACAUUUAGGCUAUUGUUUGAAUUUCACACUGUUGGGGUAAAAAUGUGUAAUGCUUGUAUAGAUGUCAACCCCAGUUCAUGUUAUCGUCACCAAUCUAACUGCAUUACAGUUAAACAACUACCACCCCCGAUUUCUAUAUGCUAGUUAUUCUACCAGCUUAUACGAAUGGGAAAUGGCAUUUAGCAGACAGUUUUGUAAACCUGAAACGGACAAUUUCUAAAUAUAUUUGGCUGUUUUCACUGCACAAUAUCCAAAUCAGAUUUUAGUAACCACCUUGUGGGCCUGUUUAUAACAUAAUCACGAUGAUCAUCUGCGUCCUAUGUAUGGUUGUUUUCUUCAGUGUGUGAAUCCCUAUGUGAUUUUACAGGCCAAAUUUCACAUUUACUUCCUUAAUAUGUAAAAUGACGGCCUUGUUUGAAUGUUUAGCCAAAGAGUUUUUAUUUUCAGCACAUACUGGGGGGAAAGCCCACCAAUUCCCAUACAUUGAAAGUCAAUGUAAAUGUGACAUGUAAACCGAUAGACAAAAUGUAACAUGGCAGCUUCCACUCAAGCUCUAAUUGGAGUAGAUAAACACGUCUCCAAAACAA